CAGAGACUGCAGACAUAGUACAGGAGAUGACCAGAGACUGCAGACAUACUACAGGAGAUGACCAGACUACAAACACAGUACAGGAGAUGACCAGAGACUGUGGACGUACUACAGGAGAUGACCAGAGACUGUGGACGUACUACAGGAGAUGACCAGAGACUGUGGACGUACUACAGGAGAUGACCAGAGACUGCAGACCUUUGGGGAGCGGGUACCCGAUUCUGCUGCGAUCACCCAGGCGAUCGGAAGCUAAAGUUGUUGUUCCCCCCCCUGUAGUCUUCUGGGACACAUGACAGG